CCCCCGGCACCUGCGACAGGUGGAGCGCGCGGCCUCCGGCACUCGGCCAUGUCCGCGGAUGUCUCCGGGACAGAGACCGGGUCGGAGUCCGAGCCGGAGCCGGGGCCGGGGCCGGGACCCGGACCGGGGCCGGAGCCGCGACCGGGGCCGGGACCCGGACCGGAGCCGGAGCCGCGACCGGGGCCGGGACCCGGACCGGGGCCGGGACCCGGACCGGGGCCGGAGCCGGAGUCCGGGCCACGGCUGGUGCCGGAGUCCGGGCCAUGGCUGGUGCCGGAGUCCGGGCCACGGCUGGUGCCGGAGUCCGAGUCGCAGCCGAGGCCGGGACCCAGACUGGGGAGGGAACCGAGACAGGGGUCCAAGCCGAGCCAGUUGUGCCCCGAGCACUUCGAGCCUCUGAGCUGGUUCUGCCUCUCGGAGCGACGGCCGGUAUGUGCCACCUGCGCCGGGUUUGGCGGCCGCUGUCACCGGCACCGCAUCCGCCGGGCGGAGGAGCACGCCGAGGAGCUGAGAAACAAGAUUGUGGACCACUGUGAGAGGCUGCAGUUACAGAGCGCUGGCAUCACCAAGUAUGUGGCCGAGGUCCUGCAGGGGAAGAACCAGAAAGCAGUGGUUAUGGCUAGUACAUCGAGGGACCUGAUCAUCCAGAGACUGAGUCUGGUGAGGAGCCUGUGUGAGAGUGAGGAACAGCGCUUACUGGAGCAGGUGCACGGGGAAGAGGAGCGGGCCCACCAGAGCAUCCUGACUCAGCGGGCAUACUGGGCUGAUGCACUCCAGAAGCUGGACACCCUCCGCACCUGCAUGGUGGACAUGAUCACCCACCUGGAUGACCUCCAGCUGCUGCAGAGGGAACAGGAGAUUUUUGAGAGGGCUGAGGAAGCAGAGGGCAUUUUGGAGCCCCAGGAUUCGGAGAAAUUAAGCUUUAAUGAGAAGUGUGCUUGGAGCCCACUACUGACUCGACUGUGGGCAACAUCGGUUCUCGGGUCUCUCUCAGGUGUGGAGGAGGUACUUAUCGACGAAAGGACUGUCAGCCCCUUACUGCAUCUGUCUGAAGAUCGAAGGACUCUGACCUUCAAUGCCAAGAAGUCGAAGGUCUGCUCAGAUGACCCAGAACGCUUUGACCACUGGCCCAAUGCCCUGGCUGCCACUGCCUUCCAUACGGGGCUCCAUGCCUGGAUAGUGAAUGUUAAACACAGUUGUGCUUAUAAAGUGGGUGUGGCCUCGGAUCAGCUGCCCCGAAAGGGUUCUAGCAAUGCCUGCCGCCUGGGCCACAAUGCCUUCUCCUGGGUCUUCUCCCGCUAUGAUCAAGAGUUCUGUUUCUCAUACAAUGGCCAGCAUGAGCCUCUGCCACUGCUUCGGUGCCCAGCACAGCUGGGCAUACUGCUGGACCUGCAGGCAGGAGAGCUGGUCUUCUACGAGCCUGCCUCAGGGACGCUGCUUCACAUCCACCGUGAGUCCUUCCCUCAGAGGCUCUUUCCCGUCUUUGCUGUGGCUGACCAGGUCAUCUCCAUCGUUCGCGGGCCUCUGGCCACAGCGAGAGCAGAUCCAUGUCCCCAUCACCAUUUCAGGUCAAGCCAUGCUUCUAGGUAGUGUCCUUCUCCUCAAGGAGAUAUGAGCAGUGUUCCCCACGGGCAGCUUUCAGAGAGAUGGGGAUCUGCUUCAGACUCGGACAUAACCUUUUUGAUGAUGGUCACCUGUGGGGAUCCUGUUUCUUUUCUCUUAGCCUUAGUCUCCUAAACCCACCAUGCUUGUACCCUUCCAAGGGUCUCAUUAACCUGUACCUCUGGCAUCCAGCUUGGUACCUUGUGCAUGGCUAGUAUAUCACAAGGUAUAGUGAGGGGGCAAAUGGCUGAGCCGGCAGGUAACUGGUGGUGUAGCAGCCUCUGGAAAAGCACUGCAGUCCUUCUAAGUGCCUUGCUGCAGAGAAGCUUGAACUGAGCCUUCCCCAGCCUCUCAGCUCAGCAGCUCUUGGUCUCUUUCAUUAUACACCAUGUGAGGAGAAUAUUUUUCUAGCAUACAGAGGACAACCUGCCAGGCUACUGUUGGCCAGAACACUGUCGUGGGGUGUGGUACCCUCCUCCCACAUUCUGCUGAGGUGCCAGUAUCCUGUCUCCAGGAAACCUGCUUGCAGCACACUUGUUGGCAUCUUUCCCAGGCCCUGAGGCUGAGCUCUAGUAUGGACCUGCGUGUAAGAAGGGUGAAAAACAUCCCCCCUCACUGUACACCCCAUUUCAUGACUCUUAGGGUGGAGAGCGGCAAGCAAGAAAAGCUGAGGGCAAAGGAGAGCUAGCCUUAAUAAACGAAUGUGAGCAUUAUUAGAGGUUUCUAAA